UGCUCCUCAGUAACAACGAUCGAGCGAGUCGGAAUGGCACCGAGCCGCUUUUCUUCAAUUCCGGAGGAUCGUGAAAUACAUCGGGUCGUAUCGUGCGCGCAGAUCGAGCAACUGCGAACCAUCUUCACCAGAAACAAUGGACGUCUUAAGCGAGAGGAGCUGCGCAAGGUGCUAGCGGCCAUCGGUCUACAGUACACCGACGAACAGUAUCGAACGCUGUUUCUACAGAUCAACACGGAUCACGAUGAAUAUUGCCAGUGGGACGAACUGCUCAGCUAUAUGAUCCUCGGUUUCCAGGACGACGAUCCGCUGGCUGUGAUGCAAUCACUCGAUCCACCGAUCAGCGAAGAGGUCGCACUGAAACUCGGCCGUCAGGUGUACACGAUCGCGAGGGUAGACUUUUGUCCGAUGGUUUACUACGAUGGAAGCAUUAGCUGGUCACAGGGACACUGGAUCACGACCUCGAGAGAAGGUGUCAUCAAUUUCUGGACCAAAGAUUGGAAAUCAUCGUUCAAGGCUCGAUCCACUCCGUCGCGAUUGAAGCGCUUGAAAACCUGGCUACUAGAUGCGAUCCCACUACCCGAUCAGCGAUCAUUCUGUGUGGCCAGUUUAGAGUUUGAACUGCGGUUCUACGAAGUCGUUGCUGGUUCGUUCGUGCUGAAGAUUGUCAUCGAGCAGCUACCGCAUCCAAUCAGUGCCCUCGACUACUGGUACGAGCGUGGCCAUCCCAGUAAGCUGCUCUUGGGUGAUUGCGAAGGUAACGUGGCAAUGCUGGAGCUCUACCCCGAACGUAAAGUGGUAAACUCUGGCGAGUCCUUUUCGAUCGUAACCUGGGUCAGCUGGAAGGAUGUGAUCCGGGGUCGCUACCCACCCCUGGAAGGGACUGAGUAUGGUCAACUGGUGGUAGAUCAAGUGCGGAUGGUACGUUAUGUCGAGAACCUCAACAGUCUCAUUGUGGCCUCGGAGGAAAAUCCACUCACUCGACGAAGCGGAUUGAAUAGAUCUUUGUCGCCGCUUCCUACGAUGGUGUUGCAAUCGCUGGAGAAUCGUAGCACAAGAACUGCGUACCAUGUGCCACGGGGUGUCACUUGCUUUGCGUACGAACCCAUCACCGAGCUGCUGGUGUCCGGUGGCCCGGACUGUGAGCUGAGACUGUGGGAUAUCCGACGACCCGAGAAACCAUCGGCGGUACUGAGUGGCCAUACGGCAAGUAUCGUGUUCCUGUUCGUCCAAGAUGCCGGAGAAAAAAUUUACAGUCUCGACCAGAAGCGUAUCGUGAAGGUUUGGGACGUAGGCAACCGGGUACUGCUGCAGACCUUCACGGAGCUGACCGCUGUCCUAGGGCAGAACCUUCCGGUGUGUGCCUUUUACGACAAUCGCGAGCGUCAAGUGAUUGUGGCCAACAACAAGCUCGCUAGUUUGUCUUGCUGUCCCGAGAUUCCGCUUGAUCGGACCGAUGGUGAAAGCCACACGAGACCCAUUUCCGUCCUGCUCUACAACUUCCUCUACAAACUGAUCAUAAGCUGUGGUCUCGAUAGUGUUAUCAUCACGUGGGAUCAUUGUAUGAACCGGAAGAUGAGUCUAAUGACCGAGGCACACACUCAGAUGCGAAAUGGAUUGCGCGAAUCGGUUGAGAUAACGGCCGGAUGUCUGGAUGGGAAGCAGCAACUACUCGCGACGGGCGCACGGGAUGGUUCGGUGAAACUGUGGAACAUCAGUGGCCGGACGUGUAUGCGAACGUUCAGCAUGCAGGAAGAUUGCGAGGUAACGGCCCUGUUUUGGGUCGCCAAUCGUAUCCUGGCGAUGGGAUGGAACCAUCGGGUGGUGGAGUUCUUUGCCACGGUUGAACAGGAAGCGGAGUAUCCGCAUGGCUUACCCUGGCGUAAGCUACACUCCGACGAUAUCCUGUGUGCGGCCGUGGCUAGCAGCACACCGGAGGCACUGGCCACGUGUAGCUACGCCGGUGAGCUGGUAUUGUGGAUGCUAGAAACGGGACAACCGUAUCGGCGCUACAAUGCAGCGAACCCUCACAUCCGGAUUCCCAUCUCGUUUCGAUCGGAAUCGGAAAUGGAAUCGAGCGAACUGAACCGAAGAAAAACCACCCGCAUGUCCCUGGCAAGUAGACGGACGAUGGGACCGAUGGCCAUGGAUUCACGGCGUUUGUCGAGGAUCGUUAUGCCGAUGGCGUUGGAACAGAUGCGAAGGCUGUCCAUACAGGUGCUCAUGUUUCUACGUAGCCGUCCAAUGCACCCGGCUUUUGGGACGCUGUUGGGAUCGUUGGAAACGGGCGUGAUACAGGUGUGGUCACACCAUCCCGAUGGAGGUUAUCGAGGUCAAUUCAAUGCGAUUCACAUGGCGGGUGAUCGCGUGAUAGCCAUGACAAGUGAUGCCUCGAAUCGAUUCCUCUUCACUGGGACCGCUCUCGGGUACAUCAAGACAUGGUACAUCGAGAAUUGCUGGAUUCCCGAUGCGGAUAAAUUCAAAGUGAACAAACCAUCGCUGCGAAUCCGGUUCCCCUUCCUGCUAGACGACGUUAUCCCGGGCAGGGCGAAGCGUUCGGCACGCUCGCAGCCGUAUCCGUGGCUGCUGAAUGCCUACCAGGCCCACCGGAGCUGCAUCACGGGGCUUGUGUAUCUCGAGAGUGCCGAGCUGCUGCUGAGCUCGAGCAGUGACCGUACCGUGCGCCUCUGGACACUGGCCGGGCGCUAUAUCGGUCUGCUCGGUAGCCCGGUCCACUGGGAACCAUUACAGGCGGAUUUGCCACCACCGACUACCACCACCGGUGGAUACCGGUUCCGUAUACCACCGGAUUUGCGGCGUGAGGUGAGCUUCACGACGGCGAAGGUACUACGAGGGGGCAAGGAUUAUCAGCGACAGUUCCAACACUCGUCGAUCGCACUAGAGCGAUCGCGCAAGUGUUUAUCAGCGAUCGAAACGUACGGUGGCCCACUACAGGAACCGCUACUGAACCCCGCCAUACUGAAGCUACCACCCAUGGAACCGGUACUGCCGACGGUUCGCCUGGAACGCGGUUUCCUCCCAUCACUCCCUGUGUACAGCCAUGUGAUGCAGUUUCCGCUGAAGCCGAUCGCACCGGGUGUUAGGGCCGAGUUGGAACAGCUGGUAAAAAGGACCGGGGAACUCCAAUUCCCCCCACAACACUAA